AUGGAUAGUCAAGCUCCCAAGGAAAGCAUCUCGCCUCUCCAGUCUCUGCCACAAGAGAUCCUGUCAAGCGUCUGCAGUUACCUACCGCAAGGGGCUCUCUACCAACUAACCCUCGUCAACAAAAAUAUCGGUCAGCGCGUAGUACCAGCCCUGUACAGUUCCUUCAGCCAAAAUGGAGGCGACAGCAUGCAAGUUCGACAGUACUUCAGAACCGCGGUGCGGGAGCCUGAGUUGGCUGAGCAUCUUCGCGAGGUUACUAUUCAGGGCUCUAUCGAGAUAACCCACAAGCAAAUGCGGAAAUGCCUCCAGAAAUUGGACAAAGAUACCUGGGCUCGUCGGCUUCACGAACAACACCCCCGUCUCGCUUACGAUUACUUUUCGUAUGGACCGGACUUGGCCAUUGCUCUGUUACUGAGCUUGGAACCCAAGAUACACUCUAUUCGUGCUCUGCAUCCUCCGAACCCCAUAAAGAAAGGGAACUCAUUUAAACUCCCCAUCUAUCUCGAACCCAUUCGAGGCAUUCUAGCAGCAGGCUCUCCACUGCCGCAAUGGACCAAUUAUUUAUCCACGUUAGAGAUCACCCUUCGGACCACAUCAUGGCAGUGUAUUGCCCCGCUGUUCCAGCUACCGGUACUCAAGACGCUGAUUCUAAGUGGUGGAGGUGGAUUCCACAUGGCUACUGAGAAUAUGGAAGCUGCGAUUCAUUCAUCACCGAUCGAAGUACUUGACUUUGAAAAGUGCGCGGUCCCAUUGACGACCAUUGCACAAGCUGUAUCUGCUUGCAAGUCACUGCGUGUCCUACGACAUAGCGACUGCGACCAUUGGGCAGCACCUCAUCAUUUGCAUUUACUCCAGCAGUUACAUGAGCAUGCGAGCACUCUGCGCACCCUCAAGACGUGCUGCUGGCAUGCCCCCAAGAGCACUUCGACUGACAAUGGGAUCUUGGCCAGCUUCAUUGCUCUGAUCGAGCUCGAAGUGCACUACUCUCAUGCCGCGGAUGAUCUCCUGCCACCAAACCUCUGUCGGCUCGUCAUAUGCGCAACUACCCGCGACCGAGUAUGCAUCAUGGAAGACAUGGAAACACUAGCGCAAAAGCUCAGCAAGCGAUCAAACAUCGACGUAACACUGAAGUAUCGGCACUACAGGAAGCCAAACUACGAGCUUCCAAAACUACGCGAACUGCCAUCCGUGUUCGCCAAGUCUGAUCUUAACCUGUCGCUUUACGUGUAUCCUGUUGUCGGCUCAUCAUGGUACUUGAUCGCCAAGUUCGAUCACCGCGCUGCAUGGUUGUCGCAGAGACCUAGCGAAACAGGCGCAAAAGAGUUGAGAGCUUGGUCGAAGCGAUUAGAUUCGACGUACGAUUACCGGGAGAUUGUGCUCGCGGAGAUCAAAAAUAUGGUCGGAAAGCACGAGAACCAUUGGAAGAGCAAGGACUACGAUCUCGACUUCAUGCUACCGUAUCUGUUUAGAAAUCUGUACAAGGUCUGA